ACCGCCAACAACACAGCAAUCGUCUUGGGGUUCGCGCUGAUCACACUAGAAUUUCUGUUGUAUUCUGCAAUUCUAUUGGCUCUCCUGGGUGCUGUACACUCCAUGCCGUACACUCAAUUGACCAGCGCCCAAUCAUCCGCUUGGGAUGACACCACCCGAGGCUUGUCCGCCGCGUCGCACGAGGCGCGUCCGCUCGUCGCGCCCUGUUCGCCGCGCGCCCUAGGGCUGUUCUCGUCCACCGGAAUUUGUGGCACGAUGAGAUGAAUUUCCGGAACUCCUCGCCUCGCUUGCUCUCCAUCCGCCUAGUAUGCGCCUCUCGUUAGCUCGAUGCAUCCCGUUCGCACCUCAGCGCCUCCAGCUCACUUCCUCGACGCCUCCAGCUUACUCCCUCGACGCCCCUCGGUCGCUCCCCGACCUUCGCUUACUGUAUUUUUCAGCCGCACUUCCACCCUGCGCCACAUUUGCUUGAUGCCCGCCAAGCGUCCAGCCCAAGCGCGGGCUACGCAAGCGUCAAGUGGGCACUAUCCAAGCGUCAAGCGGACACUACGCAAGCUUCAAGUAGGCACUACGCAAGCGCUCUGGUGGUCAGAUGUCCCGCUCGGAGACCAUCUGCCCGUCUUGGUCGCCUUGGGUGGUGCGCGCGGGUGUCCGCCGCCCGUCUCUUCGUCUUGGUCUACGUCAAUUCUCUCAGGCCGUCUGCUGUCAAUUUUCAGCCCGUCCGCUGUCAAUUCUCAGUCCGUCCACUAUCAUUCUCAGCCCGUCCGCUGUCAGUUCUCCAUCCCUCUCAACCGCUACUCCGCCAUUGUCCAUUCUCCCAGCCCACCAUUCCUCGUUGUCAGCAUGCCUCUCCAUCGUUGCAUGACACCCCCUCGAUGACCCUCGUGGGCCGACGACGCGUUCAAAGUCAGACGCAUCGCCGUCAGGCUGUCCUCCGUUUCGGUACUUACAACUGCCAGUGCUGACUGUAUUCGAUAUACUCGACCCCUCCGCCCGCUUGCCGCUUAGCCGCCGCCUUCCUCGAACUUCCACUUCCUCGAGGCUCGAGCUUCGAACUCGCUCUGCCACCGCCAGACCGGAUGAAGGUGCACGCCAUCGAUGCGCUCGAGGGCGCGCCGUCCGAUGUCGAAGGGCGCCUCGUCCGAUGUUG